AUGUCCAGUUUUCCCUCCUCUCUCCAGUUCCCUACCGAGCACUCAUACGUCCCUGAUGGCCAAGGUCUUCAACCUAGGCAGUAUGUCUUCAAUGUCAUUCCUAACGACACAUCUCCAUACCCUGACGUCGCGUCUCUGUCACCCGAUUCCAUCGACACUCCAUCUCCAUCUUCUUCUCAAUACGACGAACCCACUGCCGUCAAGGGCUCUUCUCGUAGGAAGAACCAUAUUCCCCGACCUCUAAACUCCUACUUCAUCUUCCGCAAAGACAUCAUCGACAAGAAGAUUAUUACCAAGGACACAGAGAACGACAGUCGUCACCUUUCUAGAAUCAUUGGAGAGUUGUGGAAUAACCUGUCGUCCGAGGAGAAGGAAUGCUAUGACCGUCGCGCAGAGGACGAAAAGAUUAAACAUCAGGAUCGCUAUCCCAACUAUGUCUACCAACCACGGAAGCGUACCACUCCCCCCAAGAAGAGGAACGCUAAACGGAACUCGCCAGAAGAUAUAAACAGGUCCAAAGGCGUUGCGCAUUUGUUAUCUGCCGGCAAGACAGGCUCGGAUCUGGAGGGCGCUGUGAAGCAAAUGUCUGCGACUCCUCAACCCCAACCUCAACCUCAGGCUGAGGUCGAACCUCAGAAGAAGCGCGUUUCUGAAAAGCGCGUUCCUCCGCCUGCUCAAAGUCCUCCCGGACCUCAGGGGUGGGAGGCAGAUGAUGUGACGCAUCAGGUCGAGACCACUAUUCCAUCUACGAGCUCUCUCGACGAAAGCGCCUUCUCUCCCGCUUCCUUCGAGUCGGAACAUAUGACCAACCCCUGUAUUCUCAAUACUGGGUAUUACGAUGCAAGCGCCGAACUUGAGAAUCUUCUCGCUACAUAUACAAAUUCAAGCGACUUCACCGAAGUCGAUUCAUACGAUGGUAUAUACCGUCUGGUCUCGGAUUCGUGGCCUUACCCUUGA